UAGCAGUAGUCGACGUGCAUCGACUGCAACCGUUAUUGGCAAUAAUAAUCCGAUAGCGUCCAAUAGCAACAAUUCGAGUUGUGGUGGCACAACAGCUGCAGCAAACACCAAUGGCACAAGUGCACCGAAUAAUGAUCGUUAUGUUCCUGGUUCGCCGAUAUUUCGCGAUGAUUGCAAAACCCCGCCGAUAACACCUGCCCCACCAUCGACGCCCAAGAGUCGCGGUAAAGGUGUUGGCGCCAACAACAUACAUGCCAUGACUGUUUCGGUUGCGCAAACAACGCAAGGAGGUUCCACCAUUACCGCCACCACCAAGCCGUGCACCGCUUCCAGCUGUUACGCUUCCACACGCUCGGCCGCCAUGAUGGCACUCGCAUUAGGUCACCGACCGAAAAGUCCUGCUGUAACUAAUACAAAACCAACAACAACUGGAAAAAGUGCGGAGAGAAUCGUCGCAACUAACAGCAAUCACGCACCGUUGAUUAACCAACAAACCAACACCAACACCAAUACCAACAACUCGAACUAUAGCCCUCCACCGGUCGGCAUCCAUAGUAAAUCUCCAAAUACUAAUAAUCAACACAUCGCCAGCAACAACACCGCUAACAAUCGUCACACCACCGUUGCUGCAGUGGUGCAUAUGAAUGGCGGCACCGGCAUCAAUGCGGGUUUCGGUAGUGGCGGCAGCGCCUCUAGCGGCUCGGACAAUGAUGGCUUCAACACCUCGUCAUCGUCCUCGGCCACAGCGUUGCGUCGUUUCUACUUCAAGAGUGGGCGUAAAUCAAAAAUGAACUCGACAGCUACCACUUCGAUGACCAGUAUACCGUUAAAUGCCAUUUCCACGGCAGCUGCUGCAUUUCACACGUCAAUAAGUGGCGCUUUGCCGCCGAAAGCUGCUGCCGCGGCUGUACCAAAGGUUGUCAUAAUGGGUUCCUCGUCAGCAUCCAUCACCGAUGGCAAUAUCAAUACAUCAACGGAUUCGGCUUCGACGCUUGUGACUAGCGUCACACACACAGACACAUCAGAAACAUGCGAUUCACUGGAUUUGGGUGAUAAUUCGGGCCAGAGCGAACCGUUGUUCAGCUCACUGGAAGAACCACUGCUGACCGCCAUACAAAUAGAUUCUGAACAUGAAAAUGGCACCGAACUGGAAUUAACAAGUUGCAACAUGUACAAUCGACCGGAUAUGAAUGUACAGGAUAGCACUGAGAGUCAAGAGUCGUCACUGUCCAUUCUCACCAUUGAGCCAUCGUCUACCACACCGCUGCUUGCCUCGCAUCGCCGGCAACAGAGCAACAAAUGCGGCACGUCCGCACCACCCGCCUCCAAGCUAACAGCCACUACCGGCAGUGCGCCCAGCAACAAUGGCAAAGAGCGACUGCCGAAUACUGCACCGGCGCCCAGCAGCGGCACUAAACACUUCACAUUCGAUCCACCAAUAUCACCGAAAUCGGCGCGCACAAGCGAAAAGUCACGCACACACUUCAGUUUCAAGGAACAGCACACACACCAGCCGAUACAGCAGCAGACACGUCGCGGCAGUAAUUGGGAAGAUCAACGCGUGCAUACGACCAAUUUUAUGGAGGAGCGCAGUCCAACAGGUGGACGUCGUGAUAUUUCACCGAAUCGCAGUAAAUAUCGCGCAUAUGCGGCACAACGGCAUGCAGCCGCAGCUGCCGUCGCCCAGGCUUACUAUGAACAACACCAGCUGGCCGACGAUGAGGAGUCCUUGGAGGGCACACGUAGCAAAAAAUCACGUUCACGCGAAACGAGUGGCAGUACGCGUCAGCGUUAUACGGCCGCCGGCAGUGGUGCGGCGACUAGUCCAAAACGCGAACAACGGCGCUCACCCUCCAGCUCGGCACCGCCAACCAUGAAAGAGGGGCACUUCUUUGCUAGUAGCGGCGGUAAGCCGAAACAGCUAUCGCCAGCAUCACAACAGCGCAAAUACUCGUCCAGCUCUUCGUCAGGCGGCAGCGAGCGUGGACGCAUCAAAGAUUCCACCAUGUUUCCAUUCGAUCGUGAAGCAAUCGACUAUGAACGCAUACAGCGCGAAUGCUUCGCGGUCGAUGAAAACUCCAGUUCGACAACAACGUCCAGCGACUCAGAUGAUGCUGAACCAUGUUCGGUAUAUGAACGCAAAAUGUCCGCCCACCAUAUAUCGCCAAGUAAAGCGGGCGAGGCCUUUCAGCAAUACAAGCUUUUGGCACAACAAGAACACGGCGGACAGCAGCCAGCGGAGCCGCAGACCAACGGACCACCGUCGCGCAAGAAUUCGAAACGUAUCCGACCUAGUUCCGUAAUACAUGCGACGAUACGUGAAAGUCAACCAUAUGUACCGCAAACGGAUGCCUUCUAUCCGCAGAAGGUCAAACAACAAUCGCCAGGCGAAUAUAUGACGAGCACUGGUGGCAGCGGUCUAGGCAGUAGACAACAUUCACCCAAAUCUUACGCUGAGCUAAAUAAGUUCGAGGAGAUUGCCUCGAAAUUCGAGCAGAUUCCACCGAAACAACAACCGCAUGUCAAGCCGUUAGCGGGUGGUAGUCCAUCCGGCAGCAAUAAUAAUGCCUUGAUUGGCAGCACCCUGCAGGCGACAAAUGGCAGUAGCAACAGUAAUGGAGGCGGCAACAAUGCAGCGGGUACAGUGGCGCCGACGUCCAGUCCAACCGGGUCAAUGCGCGGCACGAUAUCACCGCCACUGCCAAAUUUACGUGUCGAUUUCUUUGCCGAAUCGCAAAUGAUGCAUCCGCGCAAGCGAUCGUCGAAGAAGAAGCAGUCCGCAGGCAAAACAGGCGCGCCAAAUGCGGCGCACGACCAUUUGGAUGAGAGCCAAAGGGGUGCAGGCAGCGGCAUGGGCGGCGGUAUGCUGCUGACAGCUGGAGGAGCGGUAGGCGUUGGCGCUGGGCCCAUCAACGUCACCUCAAACCCAAUGGAUGUGGCGAUGAAUACACCGCCGCGUGCCACCAUUGUCGUGCAACAACCGUCCUUGAGCUUAGACAACACCGUGGAAACGUUGCUUAUCAAGAACGAAGGUGAUUUCAUCAGCGUCGAACAGGGUAAAGAGACAUUAACGGCAACUGGUGCAACGGCAGCCGGCACAGCGGCGCACGCACGUAAACGCAACUCACAACAGUUGCAACAUCCACCACAUCAUCCGGCCGCACAUCAUCAGCACACGACUGCCACGCAGCAGCAACAACAAAAACGCGAUGAAAAUAUGCGACAAUUGUUGGAUGUGACGAAUACGUUGACAUUCGAGGAGUUGCGUGAUUUUGAAAUGCGCUAUGGCUCACCACAUCACAGCCGUUCACAAUCGGUAAAAACACCAGGAAGUCGUGCGUCAGGACGUCCCAAUCAGUUAUGCUUGCCACAACAGCGUUCACGCGUCGCUUCAAUGCCAAAUACUGGCGUCGAGGAGGAGUACUAUAGACUGAGGCAUUUUUCCAUUACCGGCAAAGGUGUAGUGAAUCGCGGUGAUUCGCUCAAGAGUAGACGCAGUCGUUCCAACAACAGUGUAGCCAGCUCCAAUUCGAGCACGGAGCACUUGACUGCCGCCCAAAUACCAGCGCCGAAUUCGGCGCGCACAUCCGCCACCUGCAGCUUGGCGUCCAGCCGUGAGAGCAGCACUUCAAAUCCAGGCAGUGGUCCAUACAGAGUCCUCAUGCUCGGCGGCCCGGCAGUUGGUAAAAGCUCGUUGGUCUCACAGUUUAUGACCUCGGAGUAUUUGCAUGCCUACGACACAAGUAUUGAUUUAAGUCAACCACCUUUUUCCGCAUCUUUAGCAGGCCCAUGCGAGAUACGCAUAGAAAUCGAAAAACCCGCAGACGAUGAUGAAUCUGGUGAAAAAUCCGUCUCAGUAUUACUCAGCGGCGAGGAGUCCGAAUUGAUUUUCAUUGAUCAUGCAUAUACAGAAAUGAAUCCUGAUGAUUGCCUAUCCAGUUAUGAUCCGCACGGUUAUUGUGUCAUUUAUUCGGCUGCUGACCGUAGCAGUUUCACUGUGGCCGAACAUGUACUGCAAGUUUUGUGGACCAAUCAAAAUAUCGCACAAAAAGCUGUCAUUUUAGUCGCAAACAAAGCCGAUUUGGCGCGGAGCCGUCUGGUGUCAUCCGAUGAGGGCAAAGCCAUGGCCACCGCCUAUGAUUGCAAAUUCAUCGAAACCUCGGUGGGCAUUAAUCACAAUGUCGAUGAGCUGUUGGUCGGCUUGUUGUCGCAGAUACGUUUGAAAUUGGAAAAUCCGGAAAAAUCAAGGGAUCUGUUCCGCAAACGUUCGAUACGUAAGUCGAAGCGUCGCGCCUGUUCACCGCUCGGUGGCGCCUGUCUCACCGGUGGCACUAACCCCAACACUCCGUUGGGACCAAUGAAUAAUGUCAUUUCCGAUGUGAAUACACCGCCUGGCAGUGCACAAAGCAGUCCCCGCAAAUACCGUGGCUCCCGUACAUCGACCAGCCUAAAGGUGAAAGGUCUCUUGGGACGUGUCUGGGCGCGAGACUCCAAGUCGAAGAGUUGCGAAAAUCUGCAUGUUUUGUAAGCAGUCAACGCGCCUGUUCUAUUCGUCCGCUCAAUCGUACCGCGCUGCGCGUGAAUGCUGCGUGAAUGUGUUGUUGUUGUCUUUCAAAUGUAUAAAAGUGAAAAAUAGUGGGCGCGUGCGUCAAGAGCCGGAAGAACUAAAAAUUACUGAAAAUUGUUGAACAAAAGUAAACAAACAAACAUAUUUAGAUUUUUGCAAGCAGUCGCUAGACACACAUACAUACAUACCCAGCAAAAGUACUGCAAAUUAUAGGAAUUUAAGUGAUAAGUGUGAGAAAAAAGUUAACGGAAGCCGUGUGCGAGUAAAUCAUGAAAGAAGUAAGCGUAUGUUUUAUUUUUAAUUUUUUUAUUGUUUUUUUUUUUUGUAAAUAGUAGUAAUUAUAUACUUAUUGUAAUUAAAUUAAGUAAAUUUUUCAGCAAUUAUUGUAUUAUGUCUGUAUUUUUCACGAGUAGUAUUGAGAAUUGUAAUCGAAGAAAGGUAAUUACUAAUAACGUGUUUACACUACACACUUUACAUAUACAUAUGCAUACAUACAAACACGAAGAAAAUAUAAGUAAUCGUAGUUAUGUAGGUACUUACAUUUGUAAUCACGGAGUAAUUUAUAUGUUAUAUUUUUAGUUUGUGAUUUUUGUAGUUUUGUUUGCUGAUUUUUUAAAUGUAUUAUUUUAGUAUUUAACUACAUGCAAAUAUGUAUGUACAUAAGUUGAUUGUAACUGUUUUUAAUAUAAAAAAUAUAUACUGAAUACUUGAAAAUUACUUUGAUUUUUUAUUUAUAUUUUUUUAGACUUUUAGUAGAGUCCUUUUGUUGUAGUUAAUUUGGUUUAGAAAUAUUUUUUGUAGUUAAUUUUGUUUAGAAACAUUAUACAUACUUCAGUUAGUUGAUUUUUUGUGUGUCGUUUUUAUUUCUAAUCAUUUUAACAGUAAGACUUUGAAGCGUAUUGCAAUUGGCGCUGGUUUGGCAAUGGUUUGUGUGUCACAUUUAACAGACCAAUUGAAAAAUUAAACAUUUUAAUAAUGAAAACUAAAAAAAAAAUAAAAAUAGUAUUUAGAAAAUUAUCAAAUCCGUCAGAAUUUAUAAUGAAAACCAUUUUUUAGAAUUUCGUACCGUUUAUGUAGAUGUCUUACAUACACUAAGACACGUGUCAUUUUGUAAUCAUAUGUAAAUUACUCAACGGAAAACAUGUAGCUUGUAGUGUCAUUUUUCAAUAGCAAAAAAAAAUUUUAUGGCUAUUAUAACACAAUAGUUUUAUAGAGCAGUUUACCGUCGUUAAAGUGAAACUGGGUUGCGUUGCUGAUUUUCAACUUAUGCAUAUUUUAUAAAUAUUUUUUAUAUAUAGUGCAGUAUAAUUUAUUUUUUUUAUUGUAUUAAAUAUAUAUUAUAUUUAACUUUAUAUUGGAUAUCAUAUAGAGCCGAUGAAAAUUUUAUAGAUUAAUUUAUCUCAUCGAAAGAAAAAAAUACUUAUGUUUGGUUAGGUUAGAUGGUUGAUAUAUCAGCGUGGCGGAGGAAUCAUAUUCAGUGAUUUUUUGUUAAGCCGAAAUAAGACACUUAUUGACUUUGGAAAUUCAGGUUGUCCUCACAAAACGAAUGAGAAAAGAAACCAUGACCCAACAUACUGAUUGACUGAUAAAUGAGGAAUGUACCGCGAUCUUAGGUCUAUUGUGCCCUCUCCUAAGUCACAGAGCCUUUCCGAGCCCCAAUAUAUUGAUAAAGUGUUAUAUUUUUCUGGGUGCCAGAAGUGAUGUGAUCCCUUUUGGAAACAUGGACCUUUGACCUGCGUCUGCAGACUGCAGAUCCAGCCAAAAGGGUUCAGGUCCUACCACGUUAGUGGAUGCUACGGAGCGGAGAAGUCAUCAGCCAGUUCGUUCCCGGCUAUACCUUUGUGACCGGGCACCCUGAUGAAGUGCAUUUGGUUACGUUCCGCUAGGCUAUUCAGCCGUUCUCUACACUCCUGCACUAGUAGCGAUUUGAACUCAUAGGAGGAGAUUGCUUGCCGCUUUAUUAUCACUAAGUAUGGUUAUACGUGGUUUAUAUAUAUACACGGACUUAUGGCUAAGACUUCUACCUGAAAAAUGCUCGGAAAACUUGACCGAUAAUUGUUCUCAAUUUAACUACAAUAUUAUCUAUAUAAUGUAUAUACAUAUAUGUGUGUUAGGGUGCUUCAAAAAAAUUUUUUUAAUUUUUUUUCAACUCUUACCCCCCCAAAGGUUUCACAUUUAACAUAGGAAUUUUCGUUUCUCAAAAAUAACCAUAUUUGAGGGGGUAAGAGUUGAAAAAAAAAUUCAAAAAUUUUUUUUGAAGCACCCUAAUACAUUAUAAUGUAAAUAUAUAAUAUGUAUGUAUAUUUGUUAGUAUUGAUUUCUUGAGAACAAAGAGAGAGUUUUCAGAAUUUGGCGCUCAUUGCUCUCAAUUAGCAGCAAUUAACCAGGGAAACAAUCGAGUAUCUCUUUUGUACUUGUUCCGCAUUGACAAAACUACGAUGUAAUCAUCUGGGGUACCCACGGAAUGGUACACUGGAAAAGGUAUCGACAGUGAGGCCACAAGGUAUAUUAAACUUUGCGUCAAGCGCAGAAAUCCAAAAGGAUGACUACUCCUCAUAUGUAGACCCAGUAACUGAACUCCAUCUGGUAUAACAAAGGCCCAAAACUGGUCUAUGCGUGUCUCAUUGGCCUACCAGACUAACCUAACCUAACUUACACAAAUAUUUACUUUUUGUCUGAUCCUGGAUCAAAAACUAAUAUUUGUUGUUUUGCCUUAGCAAAAUUUUUAUUUUAAACACAAAAUUAGUUUUAUAUUGCUCUUAAAAAC